ACGUUCUUAUACGUCCGAUCAUCAAUCAACGGGCAGGAUUUCGCCAUCGUCGUGUUCUUCGCUCUUGAGGAAAACGACUAGGAGUCCUAACGGUCGAAAAAUAGCAAUCGCCAACUCCAUUCAAUUGAAUAGUAAUAAAUUAGGGUUUGAGACCUCGCUCCAUUUGCUCUUUUAUUAGUAUUUUCCAAACUCGUACUUUCGAGAAACCCUACAAGCGUGAUCGCUGCGCGGAGCAAGGCAUAACCUUUUCUAUUGCAUUCUCCCUCCUCGAUCCAUUCCAGAUAAAUUGUUUAUAUCAUCAUGUCAAAUGCAAACAUAAUGAGAACACCUAAUGACGAGGACUCCAAACAACGAUCAGUCGAUUGUAGAUUUUCUGGUACAAACCAAUUUGAUUCUGAUUCGGAACUCGAUCUUGACCGUAAGCCUCCAAGAGCUUUCUCGGCCCCUCCGAUCAGCAAGGCAAAUUGCAGUAAAAACUCCCAACAUAGCCACGAAGAAAAUGAAGAGAAAGGAACUUCUACCUUCUCAUUCUUUUUAGGCUUUUCAGCAGAUAGAAACAGAUACAGAAAUGACUUUAAUGGCUCAGAGAGUAUUGAAAACCAGUCUGCGCAAGAGCUUGAAAAUUAUGCUGCAUGUAAAUCUGAGGAGACCACAAAGAAGGUAAAUGGAUGUUUGAGGAUUGCGGAAGAAAUUAGAGAAAGUGCUUCACGGACUCUUCUCAUGUUGCAUCAGCAGGGCCAGCAGAUUACUCAGACUCAUAAAUCUGCUGUAGAUAUUGAGAAUGACCUUAGCAGGGGUGAAAAGCUUUUGGCGAGUCUUGGAGGAAUUUUCUCUAGGACAUGGAAGCCAACAAAAGCUAGCCCGAUGAAGGGGCCUCUUCUAACAGGAGAUGAUUCUUUUGAACGAGAAGGUAAUCAUAUGGAGCAAAGACGGAGAUUGGGAAUAUCUGGUUCUUCACUUCAAUCUAGCCCUCAAAAUACAGUUCAUGGGCCUACAUCUGCACUUGAAAUAACUGAGAUUGAAAAGGCAAAGCAAGAUACUGCUCUUUCUGAUCUGAGUAACUUACUGGGAGAGCUGAAGGAGAUGGCCGUUGACAUGGGUGCAGAGCUAGAUAGGCAAACCGCAGCUCUCGGCAAUAUGGAGGAUGACAUUGAAGUACUUAAUUCGAGGGUAAAAGGAGCAAAUAUUCGAGGGCGACGCCUCCUUGGAAAGUAGUCUAGGUCCCAAAGAUCUACACAUGUUUUUCCUCAUCUACUGAGGCAUUUCUCGGUUUUUCUUUUCUUUUAUGUGGCGAAGGCAUAAUUCUGAUAUCUAGCAAUAAACAUUUCAAGGCUAUUCUUAAUUGAAUUUUGUGA